GGGGGGGGGGGGCGGCGGCUAGGUGACGUUAUCUGGGAAGCUGUUGGUCUCCAGCCAGGGAUCAGCCUGUCUUUACUCGUGUAGUUAUCAGGGAAGUUGCCCCACUCUCGAGACUUCUUUUCUGUGACUUUGUUGCAAGUUUCUACAUCCGUUGCCUAAAAAUCGUAGCGACACAAUGUCUUUCAUCCCGGGACAGCCGCUGACUGCGGUUGUGCAACGAAUUCAGAUCGAGAAGUUGCGACAUGGAAAUAAUCUGAUCCUGGGCUUCAGCAUCGGAGGAGGGAUAGACCAGGACCCUGGACAGAACCCCUUCUCUGAUGACAAGACUGACAAAGGCAUCUAUGUGACCAGGAUAACAGAGAGAGGACCAGCAGACACGGCGGGCUUGAGGAUGGGAGACAAAAUAAUGCAGGUGAACGGCUGGGAUAUGACCAUGGUGACCCAUGAUCAGGCUCGUAAAAGACUAACGAAGAAGAACGAGGACGUGGUGCGGCUAUUGGUGACCCGGAGGUCGUUGGAGGAAGCUGUCAAACAAUCUAUGUGCAGUUACCCCAGACAGUAAUGACACUACGUACAACCACAAACUGAUGCAAAAGUCAAAGGACCCAACACAUUCAGAUGGUGGCGUCACCGUGGCCUUUAUAACUACGUCAAUGCAAAACUAUUAAGCAGACCACAUCAGAUAAUUUAAUAUCGAGGUCAGAUGCCUGAAUCUGCACACUACAGUCAUUGGACAUACACACUCACACUCAUCUCACAGUUGUCCGCUUUACUUUUCAUAUAUCUUUUGUAGCAUAUUCUUCUGAGAUAUGGAGUAACGCAAAACCUUUUCAGAUCUACGGGGCUCAAAUGCAUAUAAUCCAAAAUGUGUUCUCCAAAUUAUAUGAAUAAUUCACUGUGAGCCUACGAUAAAGAGAUUUGAUUUUCAGUAACGAUGUAACUUUCACAUUGUUGUUGUAUGAACAGUAUUGGUAAGGAUUAACAAAGAUUUAGAACAGUUCAUGCAGAUAUUCAUUAUAAUAACUGUUUGGUUGUUUUUGAUUUAUUUUUUUUAACAACAGUGAGCUGAUGAGUUUUGACCUUUUCAUAAAAUACUGCUUGCAUAUCGCUCUUCUACACAUCAACUAUAACUUGAUUAUAUCACAGCAUUCUUGAUUCUUUGCUAAAUGUCCUCAUAUCCAUGCUUGGUACAAGCGUUUUGGGAGCAAUUCUACUCUUUGAAUCCUUUUUGCAUACAGCCGACCGAAGUUGGUCUCGAUGGUUUGGAUACAUCAUACAAGAAUGUUUAUUGUGUCAUUAAUGAUCAGGGAUUCAUCUCAUUUGAAUAAAAAGGGUUUUGCUGUCAUUCAGAUUACAGCGUCAAAUACCAAAGUAAAAACCAGGGCGCUGUAAAGUGAUACAAAUAUGUAACGUAAUAAUAAUUUUUUUAGUUAACGGUACAGUAUUUUGUACACGUUCUAUACAACAAACCAUAUAUGUGUAAUGAUUUAAAUGCAUACCGAUGUUUUUUCACUAAUUAUUCUUUAAUAAUGUUCAAUGUCUAAAUUAACAUCUUCUCACUGCGUCUGCUAAACUAACAACACCGUUCAAAAUGUACAUUUUCUUCUUCCAAGUUACACUAAUUAUGUCUCAUACAAACAACAAUUCACUAGCUGGACCUACCAGAUUACUUUUCUCUGAUCAUCUGCAAUAUAUUCACACACAAGUGUUUCACCUUAAUCAGGUUCAGCAAGGGGACGUUGGUCCUUUGCUAUUUGGAUGGAAGCAAACCCGCGAGUUUCACACUGGAAUCGGCUGCAUUCAGGUGUUUAUUGCCGAAGACCAAAAGUCCAAGUAAAAAAUGUGUAAACAUGAACCAAGCAGGAGAACCUGUUGUUUGAUAACUGGGAAUGUGCAUAGCAGCCUUACAUUAAUGUUUAAUACGUUUUUAUUUUUAUUUUCUGCAACACAACAAUUGACUGCCUCUGAUACACACUGCAUUAAUAUUGCAGAUGAGUGAUUAAUACUAAUAAACGCAAACAAUAUUAUUAUUAUUUUUUUAAAUGAUACAGUACUGAAAGAAAUAAUUACAACACUAAUCUGUCUCCAGCCAGGGAAAAAACAACCAAGGUUAAAAACCUUGGUUGUUUUUUAUUGGCUCUUUUUUUAGUGAGAUACUAGUGGUCUGUAUAAUGUAUGUUGUCUGUUUUAUACAACUAUUUGAUUUGUAAAAUAUUUUUUUUAAAACCGUAUCUAAUAAUCAGGUUUGUCAAAUGUAAGUUUUCAUUCCAAAAUUAUUCAUCAAUGGCAUCAACAUUAUUCUGAAAAAAAUAAAAAAGGUACAGCAUUUCUCAAUGCAUUCUAACUAUUUAAAAUAUUAAAUUGGUGAAGUCAAUAUUGUACUUUUAUAAUAAAGCAUUUUGGAAUGAAAACCUUUGACACUUAUGAGCCCCUUAAAUGAAUCCAAAUCUAUUUGUGACUAAUCAUCACAGAUCAUGGCCUAAAUAUCGACUUAAAUUAUGAACAGUUUAAUCAAUUUAUUUCUCAGAUCACUUAAUUUUAAGGCUUUUUAGAGACAACAAUGUGAAAAUAUCUAGUAGAGUACUAAAUUAAUAGAAAAAAUAGAGAAAAGCCAGAAACAACAUGUUUUUUUAAUUUUAUAUUCCUUAUGUCAUCUUCAGGGCUUCCCUGAAAACAUGUUGGAAGACUACCAGAAUGUCAAAGAUGCAUUUAGAAAGGAGUGCACGACAUGAGAGACAAAUCACUUGUAGUAUUUCCUGUAUGAAUGACAUCAGACAUUUAAACGUGAACUACGAGCAGAGCACAAAUGGUUUGCAUUUGAUUGUAUCUAGUUUAUUAAAUGAAUUAUUCUCAGAUAUUAAAAGACUGAAAACAAAA